AUGGGUGGGGUAUGGUGGGGGGAGGUUGGGGGGGAGGUGGGGGUGGGUAGGGGUGGGGGUGUGGGAGGUUGGUUGGGGGGUGGUGGGGGUGGGGGUGGGGGUGGUGGGGGGGGUGGUGGGUGGGUGGGGGGGGUGGUGGGGGUGGGGGGGUGGGUGGGGUGGGGGUGGGUGGGGGGGGGUGGGGGGGUGUGGGGUGGGGGGUGGGGGGGUGUGGGUGGGGGUGGGUGGGGGGGGGUGUGGGGGGUGGGGUGGGUGGGGGGGUGGGGGGGUGGGUUGGGGGGGUGUGGUGGGGGGUGGGGUGUGGGGGUGGGGGGGUGGGGGUGGGUGGGUGGGGGGGUGGGGGGGGUGUGGUGGGGGGGUGUGGGGGGUGGGUGGGGUGGGGGUGGGGGUGGUGGGGUGGGGGGGGUUGGGGGGUGUGGUGGGGGUGGGGGUGGGGUGGUGGGGGUGGGUGGGGGGGGUGGGGGUGGGGGGGGUGGGGUGGGGGGGUGGGGUGGUGGGGGGGGGGUGGGGGUGGGGGGUGUGGGGUGUGGGGUGGGGGGUGUGGGGUGGGGUGGGGGUGGGGGGGGGGGGUUGGUGGUGGGUGGGGGGGGGUGGUGGGGGGGGGGGGGGUGGGGUGGGGGGUGGGGGUGUGGGGGGGGGGGGGGGGUGGGGGGGGGGGGGGGGUGGGGGGGGGGGGGGUGGGGGGGGGGGUGUGGGGUGGGGGUGGGGUGGGUGGUGUGGGGGGGUGGUUGGGGGGGGUGGGGGGGGGGUGGUGGGUGGGGGGUGGGGUUGUGGGGUGGGGGGGGGGUGGGUGGUGGGGUGGGUGGGGUGGGGGUGGUGGGGGGGUGGGGUGGGGGGUGUGGUGUGGGUGGGGGGUGUGGUGGGGUGGUGGGGUGGGUGGGGGUGUUUGGGUGGGGUGGGGGGUUGUGGUGGUGGGUGGGGGUGUGGGUGGGUGGGGGGUGGGGUGGGGUGGGUGGGGGGGGGGUGGGUGUGGGGGUGGUGUGGGGUGGGUGGGGGUGGGUGGGUGUGUGA